AUGGCAUACACUCUCUUCAAAUAUGCUCGAAGGAAAUACAAAGAAAAGCACACUCCGACCGUUGACGACAGCCAUCUGCUGCUCGGGAUCUCUACUGAUCAACGACCCGAAAGAGAAAACCAGGAACUUGUCAGCCCGCCUCCCAAUCUCGAAGAGGCAACACCCGCACCCGAUGUUCUAAGUCCAGAGGAGAAAGCUCGAAUCAAACGAGAAGCAUCCGAGCGACGAAAGCACCGCUGGAAAUUGAUAUUGGGCCUGCUUCUACCCAAUUUCCUGGCAGCAGUGGAUGCCACCAUCGUCGCUCCUGCGGUGCCUAGUAUCUCCUCCCACUUCAACCGCCUCGGUGGAUCCUUCAACUGGAUCGUAGCAGCCUACACGCUUACUUACACCACGUUCGUCCCAUCCAGCGGCCAGAUUGCCGAUGUCUAUGGUCGCCACGCUGCGCUUCAGUUCCACAUGUUCUUCAUCCUGAUUGGGAGCGUCUUCUGUGCCGCGGCGGCGACUUGGCCAAUGUUGCUAUUUGGGCGAGCGUUGCAAGGGGUAGGAGCGGCGGGAAUCACGAAUUUGACCCACAUUGUGCUGUCGGAUAACGUGUCGUUGGCGGAUAACUCCAAGAAUAAUACAAUUUUUUCGUUGGUCAAUGGGAUUAGCUUUGCCGUCGGUCCUGUCAUCGGCGGCUACCUCACCAGCGCAAGUUGGCGCUACUGCUUCAUCUUGCCCAUUCCAGUCGCCUUCGUCUCCAUGGUUUUAAUCUAUCUCUUCAUGCGCAGGGAUCUCGUCAGAGGUCGUCUAUCGCCUACAGCCAGCGAGUCUCGUCGUACAGGUUAUCUAGCCGGGAUCAGGACAUUCGACUGGCCCGGUAUGAUUCUCUUCAUCCUCGGGAUCGGUCUUAUCAUCCUCGCUCUCAUGUGGGCAGGGCCGCAGUACGCGUGGAAUAGUGCUGCCGUUAUCGCCCCUUUGGUCUUGGGCGGCGUAAUGUCCGCUGCCUUCUUCCUACACGAGUACCUUCUCGGUCCAGGAAGAUUCACUGCAAAGUUGUUUCCGAAUCAACUUGCCAUGAUGCCGUCUACCUUGUUCAGAAAGAAGGAUACUGCACUGUUGAUGACGAUCAAUUUUGCCACUGGGGUUUCGCUCGUGUCGGCCUUCUACUUUAUUUCGUACUAUUUCCAGUUCGCGGAGGGUUAUUCGGCGUCCAAGGCCGGUGUGCAGCUUCUUUAUUAUACGCCUGGGCUGGGAGUAGGGGUGUACGUCGCCAUGUAUCUGUGUAAUAUCUGGCCGAGGCAGACCUACUAUACCUUGUUUGCGGGCUCUAUUAUUGAAGGCCUGGGUCUUGCCUUGUUGGCGUGGGCGGUGUCGAGCCGACAAAAGGCUCUGGUUAACGGCAUGUUGGCACUGUCGGGGGUAGGUACGGGUCUACGUUUUAUGCCCGUUAUCCUACAUGCAGCGGGCAUCUGGCCCGACCGCAUCCCCGCCAUCCAAUCCCUCCUCUCCUUUGUGAUUGCCUUCGGCGAAACGCUAGGGAUCUCCAUCAUGGCCUCCGUCUUCAGCAACAAGUACCAGUCAGGCCUGCACUCGAUCAUUGGGAAUAGCAGCGGUGCAAUUCACGGUCCACCCAGUCUCGAGGUCCUCGCCGGCCUGCCCGCUGAGCAGAGACUCGCCGUUGAAGACUUGGCGGCUAAAGCCGUCAUGUGGGCAUUCAUUGCUGUACUGCCUAUCAUGGGGCUCAGUAUCGUUGCCGCUCUCUGUCUGGGUAAUGUGUGGAUUGGAAAGGCGCCUAGGAAGGGGCAACAUGGGACAGUGGCGAGUGAAGAGACUAAGGGCUAUGUGUUGUAUGGGCUGUUUCUUUGGUCGCUACUUAGACGGACAGCGAAGAGGGAUCGGGAAGAGGUGGAAAUCAAGCGAUAUGAAGACGAGCAAGCAACAUCGCAACCAGGAAAUGGAAAGGCUGCUGUUGCGAGUUGA